GAACGCUGCUUACGCGGCUACUAUGGGAAUCCCCUGCAAGGAACACCCAAUGAUUGCAAGCCAUGCGCUUGUCCUCUACUAAUAGAAAGCAAUAACUUUUCCCCAAGUUGCCAACUGAAGAGCUAUACCAUCAUGGAUAUCAAUCAAAUUUACGGCGUGGUAGAAAAUACGGAAUACAUCUGUACACAGUGUCCUACAGGGUACACAGGCGAUCAUUGCGAAAUGUGUGAUGACGGAUAUUUUGGCAAUCCCACUGAGGCUGGUUCCACAUGUCGACCUUGUGAGUGCGAUGGCGAUCCCUGCGACGUUUUUACGGGGGAGUGUAUAACGUGUCGGGGCAAUACUGAAGGUUGGCAUUGCGAACGUUGUAAAUUGGGUUACUGGGGAGACGCCUCAGUGGGUUGUGAACCUUGCGAUUGUUAUACUGACGGCUCCGACAGCGAUGUCUGCGAUAGUGCGGAUGGCCAGUGUUUGUGCAAACCUCAUUUUGCCGGUCAAAAGUGUGAUGAAUGCGCCGAAGGUUAUGCAAACUUGGAUUUGCAAUGUCAACCCUGCGAUUGUGAUAUUUAUGGAGCCAAAGAAUCAGAUACCUGCGAUCCCGAUAAUGGUCAAUGCCUGUGUAAAACCGGAGUUAUGGGCUUGAAAUGCAACGAAUGUGAAGAAAGUUAUUACGAUCUUCAAAAAGAAUCUGAUGGUUGUACGGGUAAGUUAAUGAAUGAAAUGCAAUUAAUAUUUUAAAGUGCAGCUCGCGAAUGAAACGUUCUUCUUGAUCAGUAUUGCUUUUUCCCAUUAUAAAU